CACAUGCAAGUCUCUCACCCCAAACUGAGAUUUAAACUCCCUUUUGACCAGUUUAUUUUCAUGCAUAAAAUAAGUUGGGUCAUAUUCAGUGCAUAUGGCUGGAAACGGCUGAUCUGACAGUAUCUCUCGUUCCACAGUUGGCUCUAGUUGUGAUUUUGGCACUGGAUCUGUUUGCUGGGUUUUGAGCCGCUUGGACGUAAGGAAGCGAGCAGGGAAACCUCUCUCUCCUCUCACAAUUGUUCCCCGUGUUUGUCCUCAUGCAGCUGAGGCGCUGCUGAUAAGAGAGGCUUUCCAGAGAUACCCCGUGAGAUGCCCAGACAGGGAGGAAGUUCAAUUAGGAUUUGAUUUCCUCGACCAAAGCAUGUGUGUGAUGGUGCGAGGCAGAGAUUUCCAGGGGCUUGAAUUUUGAGACAAUGGGCUUCAAUGAGCACUCAGGAAAGUCAAUGUUUUCUACUUCGCACUCCGAUGUUUCUCUCUCUCAAGGUUGCAUCCUGUUUUAGUGAUCUUAGCAAACAUUCCCCUCACGCCAGAGACGGCGCGGGACCAGGAGCGGCGUAUUCGGCGGGAAAUCGCCAACAGUAACGAGCGCCGGCGAAUGCAGAGCAUCAACGCUGGCUUCCAGUCUCUGAAAACACUCAUCCCACAUAGUGACGGAGAAAAGCUAAGCAAGGCUGCCAUCUUACAGCAGACGGCCGAAUACAUCUUUUCUCUGGAGCAGGAAAAGACGAGGCUGCUGCAACAAAACACCCAACUCAAACGCUACAUACAGAAGGAGUUCAGCGGCUCGUCCCCGAAGAGGAGGCGCGCAGAGGAGAAGGAUGAAGGGAUUGGAUCUCCAGACAUCCUGGAGGAGGAGAAGGUGGAGGACCUUCGGCGAGAGAUGAUCGAACUCAGACAACAGCUGGAUAAAGAGCGCUCUGUUCGCAUGAUGCUGGAAGAACAGAUCCGCUCGUUGGAUGCCCACUUGUACCCAGAGCAGCUAAAGGUGAUCGCUCAGCAGGUCCAGGAGCAGCACGUGCAGACGCAAACCCUGCUUCGUCUUCAACAGCAGCAACAAGAAGAGCUGGAAAAAGAGACCAACACACCUGCUCGCAGCCCGCUGGUGUUUUCUCCUGCCACGCCGCCUGCGCCCACUCAUCACGCCACAGUAAUUGUUCCCGCCCCUGCGCCGCCGGUCCCUCCCCAUCAUGUCACUGUGGUGACCAUGGGCCCCACCUCUGUGAUCAACACAGCAUCCACAUCACGACAGAACUUGGACACCAUUGUGCAGGCCAUCCAGCACAUCGAAGGCACGCAGGACAGGAUGGUUGUACCAGAGGAGGAAAAGCGCCGGGCGGUCAUCGUCACCUCGGGUCGUGUCCUCACAGACACCGGUGACUCCGAUACCGCCUCUGACAACGAUGGAUCUGAGGACUGUUAACUGCCCCGGUCACCCCCACCACCAAUUCGCACCACCACAUGUAACGGGGGCGCAGAAAAUGGGGGGAGGUGGUCUGUGGCCAAGGGCCUCCCGCAGAAAUACUCUUUCUUUCUCUCUCCUCUCUUCCUGUCGCUGUCUUCUUCAUACUUGCAUACGGGACUCACAGACUCAAUGACUUGAAGGUUUCUCGGGGUUGGGG